AGCCGCCCGUCUCUGUGGUCGUCGUGGGCCCGCCCCUCUUCGGCCAACCCGGUGCUCUUUGGACUCUUCCCGCAGCGGAGUCCGGGGCAGCGGUCCUCCGGAGGAGGGUGGAAGUUGUCCCAUGGCGGUCCCGGGAACGGCGACCGGGGCUGGCGCCAGGCCCAGGUUAGAUCUGCAGUUUCUCCAGCGGUUCCUACAAAUACAGAAGGUUUUGUUUCCCUCCUGGUCAUCACAGAAUGCCUUGAUGUUCCUGACCCUGUUGUGCGUCACCCUACUGAAACAACUGGUGAUCUACCAGGUCGGCUUGAUCCCCAGUCAGUACUAUGGGGUCCUGGGAAACAAAGACUUGGAUGGGUUUAAGAGCCUGACGUUCCUGGCUGUGGUGCUCAUCGUUCUCAACUCCAUGCUGAAGAGCUUUGACCAGUUCACCUGCAACCUGCUGUACGUGAGCUGGAGGAAGGACCUCACCGAGCACCUUCACCGCUUCUACUUCCGAGGCCGCGUGUACUACACCCUCAACGUGCUGCGGGAUGACGUCGAUAACCCGGACCAGCGCAUCAGCCAGGACGUGGAACGUUUCUGCCGGCAGCUCAGCAGCAUGGCGAGCAAGCUCAUCAUCUCCCCCUUCACGCUCAUCUACUACACCUACCAGUGCUUCCAAAGCACGGGCUGGCUCGGGCCUGUGAGCAUCUUCGGGUAUUUCAUCCUGGGAACCCUGGUGAACAAAAUGUUGAUGGGGCCCAUCGUGGCACAGCUGGUGCAGCAGGAGAAGCUGGAGGGGGAUUUUAGGUUCAAGCACAUGCAGAUCCGGGUGAAUGCUGAGCCUGCUGCCUUUUUCAGGGCUGGGCAUGUGGAGCACAUGAGGACAGACCGCAGGCUGCAGAGACUCCUUCAGACCCAGCGGGAGCUGAUGUCCAAGGAGCUCUGGCUGUACAUCGGCGUCAACACCUUCGACUAUCUGGGCAGCAUCCUGAGUUACGUUGUGAUCGCCAUCCCUAUUUUCAGUGGUGUCUACGGAGACCUGAGCCCCACGGAGCUCAGCACUCUGGUCAGCAAGAACGCCUUCGUGUGCAUUUACCUCAUCAGCUGCUUCAGUGGGCUCAUCGACCUCUCCAGCACGCUCUCCGAUGUGGCUGGUUACACACACAGGAUUGGGGAGCUUCAAGAGACCCUGCUGGACAUGUCCCUGAGGUCGCGGGCUGGCGAGAUCCCGGAUGAGAGCGAGUGGGACACAGACAGAGCCCCGGAGUGGCCAGUCGCAGAGCCAGCAGACACAGCUUUCCUCCUUGAGCGGGUCUCCAUCGGCGCCCCGGCCUCUAACAAGCCCUUAAUCAAGGAUCUGAGCCUGAAGAUCUCCGAGGGGCAGAGCCUGCUCAUCACGGGCAACACGGGCACGGGCAAGACCUCCUUGCUGCGGGUUCUCGGCGGCCUCUGGGCAAGCACAAGGGGCUCGGUGCAGAUGCUGACGGACUUCGGACCCCAUGGGGUGAUGUUCCUGCCACAAAAGCCAUUCUUCACUGACGGGACCCUUCGGGAACAGGUGAUCUACCCGCUGAAGGAAAUCUACCCAGACUCGGGUUCUACUGAUGAUGAGCGGAUCCUGAGGUUCUUGGAGUUGGCAGGCCUGUCCAGUCUGGUGACGAGGACAGAGGGUCUGGACCAGCAGGUCGAUUGGAACUGGUACGACGUUCUGUCCCCAGGAGAGAUGCAGAGGCUCUCCUUUGCCCGGCUCUUCUACCUACAGCCCAAGUAUGCAGUGCUUGAUGAAGCCACCAGUGCCCUGACCGAGGAGGUGGAGGGCGAGCUCUACCGCGUCGGCCAGCAGCUGGGCAUGACGUUCAUCAGUGUGGGGCAUCGCCGUAGCCUCGAGAAGUAUCACUCCUUGGUUCUGAAACUCUGUGGAGAAGGAAGAUGGGAACUGACCAGAAUUAAGGCGGAGUGAAGCCAAGGGUGUGGCUGGCCAUGGGAAGAAGUGCCCAGCGCGGGCCGAUCGGCAUUCUCCUGGAGAGACUGGGGGCCCUGUGGGGCAAGGGAGACCCCUGGCUCACCUCCUGGGCCCUGUGCGGGGAGCCCUGGGAGAAGGGCCCAGCCGGGGUGUGGCUCUCUGUGGGGUGCUCUGUCCUGCCUGGGCGCCCCCUGCUGCCUCAGCCAGAGCUCCCAGCACUUGGAGUGCCGAUUGCUUACAAACGACCUCAGAUUGUGUUUUCUAAGCAAAAACCUGAAAUGUAGGCUCUAUGAGAAAUGUAGGCUCAUUGUGGAAAGAAUAUUGGGCUUAAAGUCAAGAGAUCCAGAAAUCUUUUAAAACCUUUAAUUUUUGUAUAAGAUUUUUUUUAACUUUAAUCAACUAUUUAAAUUUUAUAACUUUUUGUAAA